AUCAGCAAUUGGCAGGUGAACAUGCAGUACCAGAACAUUUCGAAUGGCUCUCUCUUUGCCAAUACCUCAGUGGAUAUGCUAAUGUCCAGCACUGUUCUGGGGUUGUGCUUUGUGCUGGGUGUACCAGGUAAUCUUGCGGUGAUGGUCAUGCUCACCCAACAUUUAGAAGGAAGCUUCACCCCAAAACUGAUGCUGAGUCUGGCUGUCUCGGAUCUACUGAGUCUGAUUUUUCUGCCUGUGUGGAUCUAUGCCCUUCUGAACGGCUGGAUUUUUGGCAGAGGUCUAUGUAAGUUAUUUUCCUAUGUUGUGUACUGGAGCCUCUACAGUAGUGUGCUUUCUGUCACCUUGUUGAGUGUGCAAAGGUACCUGCAAGUGCUGUAUACUCAGCGAUGGGCGAAGCUUGGAGGGAAGGGUCAAAAGGGGCUGAUUUUUGGGAUAUGGAUAUCAAGUGGAGCUUUGGCUUCUUACGCCCUUUAUCACCGAAGUGUUGAGUGGAAGAAGGACGGGCGUCUACACUGUUAUCAGGAUUAUAGGAAUUCUAAAGAAAAAAUAGCUGUCUUACUUGUUGAGACUCUAGUCUUGUGUAUUGUGCCUCUCUUCAGCCUGUUUUGCUUCUACCUUCGACUUCAUCGACGGAUAAGUCAGUCAGCUUCCUUCAGCAGCCACAGGCUGACGAAACUGGCUGUGAGAAUCGUAGUGGUCUUCUUCAUAUUCAGCACCCCCUGCAUGAUCAACAACAUUAUUGUAAUGGUGUCAUGGAAUUCAGAGGGCAACAAUGUUACUGGAGCUCUUUUCUUUAUCAACAGUUGUGUGAACCCCUUUCUUUACGCCUUUUCUGCUCGAGCACUGCGAUCCAAAAGUAGUCAGUGUUCUGACCAACCACAACAAAAUCAGAAUGAAACUGAGUGAGCAGGAAAUCUUUAUUCAUGAGUUACUAAAGUAUAUUUUGAUGUUAUUCUCUAUGUCUAAUAUUCUUGUUUGCUUUGUGCCAAGGAAAGUGCAUUAUAAUGUUUUUUUAAAUAUAAUAUACCGUAUGCUUCAAGAACUUGUAACCUGAAUACUUUACAAAAAUAUAACAAUUAACAACAAAAUAUUUCUGUAACAGGACUGUGGAAAAAAAACAAGUACAUCUGCUAUUGUGUUUCGGAUUGUAUUUGAAUGUAAAGGUUUCAGUAAUUUUUUUUUAUUUAUUUUUUUUUUCAUCUGCCCUCAAAAAAUUUGAAGAAAUAUUCUAAUGUUGAGGCUGACGCUUGCUUUUAACUGACAUCCGCUUUUAAAGAGAAAUAACUUUAGUUGAACAAGGAACAACACACAUUAAGGAACUUCAACCCCUCGACAAAGAAGAUGAAGGAUGCCAACAAAAGUCUUUUUCCUUCUGAUAAUUUAUUAUUUGAAACUGUUUUUUUUUUAUUAAUGACUAAAUUAAAGCCUCUGUACUUUGUGGUUGUACAACAGUCUCCUAGUUUGUAAUUUUCCCUGGUCUCCUCUGUGAUUUAUCUUUAUUGGUGGGACCUCAACUUUUCCCAUGUUUUUAAAUGAAUAUUUAAUAAUAAUAAAUAAUAAAAUGUAAUCACACACACACACACACACACACACACACACACGGGUGGUUGUGUAUGCUGGUUUUCAAACCCUUUUAUCAAAAAUAACAUAAAAUUGUCACUUUUUCUCAAAUUAUAUUGUUUUGUUACUAUUUUCAGCAUUGUACCUCUGCUCUGUGAACAGAAAAGGUUUUUCUGCAAAGAUAUUAUCUGCCAAGUUUACAGACAUUUCUUUAACCAUAAAAUACAACACAAUGCAAUGUGUAAAU